CGUGGAGAGGGGAGGGUGGCCAUUUUCCAUUAGACUUGGGUUCUCUGGUAUUUCACUCCCGCUUGGCUUGGCGCUGGCUUUCUCUGAAUGGCAAUGGCAACUACGUUCUUAUCAUCAUUCCUGUCACCACCACCAAGGCCAAAAUUAAACCUUCCACAUUCUCUUUCCCGAAUCCCCAACCCUAGCCCUCUUCUCCUCCGAUUAUCCGCCAAAUUAAAUUCCCCAAUUCCCGCCAUCAAAUUCUCCUUCACCCAAAUUUCUCCUCCGCCUCUUCAUGAACGCCCUCCCCAAACGCAAAUCCCUUCCACUCUCCUUGGCCUCGCCGUCUCUCUUUUAUUCUUUCUCGGCUUCGGUCUCCGUGCUUGCUCAGCCGCUUCUUCGCUGCUCUCUCCCGUUGUUCACAACCAAUACCAAAUGAUUCAAGAUGAGAAUAAGGAUGUGGAAUUUGAGGAUGAAGAGAUGAAGGCGGCAUUCGAGAAGUGGAAGUCUAAAACUUAUGCUUUGACUGUGCCUCUGAGAAUAGUUUCUUUACAGGGUUCAUUCCCUCAAUCUUGGGUUAAAGAUUUCAUGACAGCUCAAGGAAAGAGAUUGAAGUUGCAGGCUAACUUUUGUGGUAGCCUUGAGGAUAUAUUUAAUAAUCUAUCUAUGCCAUUUAGUAAAGUUAAAGUUAAGUCCAAGGCUUUUAUGGCUGCUGAUAUUGUUGGUAUUGGUGAUUCUUGGCUUAGCUUUGCGAUCAAAAAAGCAAUAAUUGAGCCAAUACCAGGAGUAGAAGAGCAGGAUUGGUUUAGAAGCUUAAAUGAUAAAUGGAAGGUAUAUCUGCGCAGGAACUGUGCAGGUGAAAUAGAUCCUGAAGGUAAAAUAUGGGCUGCACCAUAUCGAUGGGGGUGCAUGGUAAUUGCUUACAAGAAAAGUAAAUUUCAAAAGCAUAAAUUGGCUCCAAUAGAGGACUGGGCAGAUCUGUGGCGGCCUGAGCUUGCAGGCAGGAUUUCAAUGGUUAAUUCUCCCCGAGAGGUUAUUGGUGCAGUUUUGAAGUAUAUGGGGGCAUCAUACAACACGAGCAACAUGAACUUGCAAGUUGCUGGUGGUCGGACUGCUGUUCAGCAGAGUUUGGCAUUACUUGGAAAACAGGUAAGACUAUUUGAUAGCACGCACUAUCUAAAAGCAUUUGGAGUUGGAGAUGUAUGGGUCGCUGUUGGGUGGAGUAGUGACAUUCUUCCAGCAGCCAAACGUUUGUCUAAUGUUGCAGUGAUUGUUCCCAAAUCUGGUGCUAGCCUAUGGGCUGAUCUUUGGGCAAUCCCUGCAGCCUCUAGACUUGAAACAGAUCAAAUUGGGGGCCGAGUCAGAGGUCCAUCACCACUAAUCCAUCAAUGGAUAGAGUUCUGCUUGCAAGCAGCAAGAGCUCUGCCUUUCAAACAAGAGGUUAUCCCAGGUGCAGCUCCCUCUGCCCUGGAAAGUACUCCAGUUGAAAUGCCGAAAGAUCUUCUUAAAGGAAAGCCAAAGUUGGAUACAAACUUAAUCGUUGGAGUGCCCCCACCUGAAAUUCUGGCUAGAUGUGAGUUUUUGGAGCCAUUAUCUGAUGAUGCAUUGUCAGACUAUGAGUGGCUGAUCAAUGGUAUGCAAAAACCAAGACCUGCUUGGACGAGUAGGAUACAGCAAUACAUUUCAUCAUUAAUUGGUGACUUUCAAACAAAAACUGCGCUCAAAAGUGAUGUGAAAUAAUAUGACUCCCUCUAAUUGCAUUGCAGAGUACAAAAGUCAUUACGAUCAAUAGAACAACUCCAAAUGCACUAUGACAAGCUAUAAAAAUAUAACUGGGUAUUAGCCCUAUGUUGAUAGGUAAUGAAAUUUUGAAAGAUUACUGAUUAAGAUGUUGAUUUAACUUAUGAUUCGGGGAGAAUAGGUUUCUAUAUUGUGUUCCUUGGAGAACAGAAGAAAUAACUUUGUAUGAUUCAGUCUGUUCACAAGUGAAUUCUGUUGUGGUAGCUUUGAUAGAAAGUUCUGAAUAUUGUAAUUGGUGCUAGUGUAGUGCAUGCUAUUUAGAAUAAACAUGCACAGUUGCAGAGUUGCAGUGAUGGUAGGAUGUCGACUUUCUGCUUGUUCAAAGGAUCAGGAUGCAAGGGAAAGACAGGAUCCUUUUCUAAAAUCCAUAGAUUUCGACUUCAAUAUUAUUGAUUUGUUGUUGCAA